GCUCUCGGCGGGCCUCGCGAGAGGGACGGCGCGGGCCGAGGGACAAACGGCCGUGGCGCGUGGCGCGUUGCUGGGCAACGCCACGCCACACCACGCCACGCCGAGGCGACCGUUGGAGGGUGCCGCGCGCAUGGCCAAGCUGGUGCUGGCAGGUAAGGCAAACUGCCCUUACUAUGCCAAAGCUGAACUCCUGGCUGACUAUCUCCAGGCUAACUUGCUGGACUUCAAGGUUCACAAGAUCACUCAGCACCCUGACAAAUGGGAGCAGUGGCUUCAUGACAUUUGUGAAAUGAAUGGAUGGGAACACAGACAGUCUCCCAUCAUUUGGAGAGAACUGUUGGACCGUGGAGGGAAGGGUCUGCUUCUGGGAGGAGUUAAUGAUUUUCUGGAAUAUGCUCAGCACCAUUACGGCAUCACCUCAAUGAUGUUGAGUGAGGAAAUGUUAGACAUUGCUGAGGAGAACCUGCAGGCGCAUAUUGAAAUUGAAAAAGAGGAGGAAGAGAUUAAAAGUCUUAUCAAGCCUUUGCAGAUCUGGAUCACCAGUGCAUCAGGACCAAUCUGUUAUCAGCUGAUCCCUCUGUUGGCAAAUGGAGAAGUGUUUGGGAUGACCACAGAAAUCAGUAUCCAUUUGCUUGACACUAGCCAGUUUAAGGAAGUUCUUUGCGGUAUUGUAAUGGAAGCUGAAGACAUGGCAUUCCCACUUCUCCGCAGUAUUUCAGAGCAUACUGAAAUAGAUGAGGCCUUUGUUCAAGCCGAUAUUAUCAUUGUUCUUGAUGAUGUCCUCUUAAACUGUGAAGCCCAAUCCCUUGAGAACUACAUCAGAGAAGUGAGUGAGAUCUGUCAAGUCUAUGCUCCCCUAAUUGAGAAGAAUGCCAAGAGUGAGGUCAGAGUAAUUUCAUCAGGAAAAACCUUUGUAAACCUUAAGGCGAUGAUGAUUAUGACAUACGGCCCAUCCAUUAAGCCUGAAAAUGUCAUUGCCAUUGCGACAUCCUGGGAAAGUGCGGCUAAAGCCAUGCUGGCCAGGAAGUUGAAUAUGAACGCAGCAGGAGUUAAAGACGUGAUUGUUUGGGGCAAUAUUACUGGCUGUAACUACAUUGAUUUGUCACAUGCAAAACUUUAUGGAUAUGACUGUGCUGUUUGGGGGCCAGCUAAUUUUCCACAUCCUUUGUUGAAUAUGAUUUAUGAUAGCAAAUGGAUCCAUUCAGAAUUUCAAUCUGCACAGAGUUCACUGAGCUCCCAGGUCUGUCAUUGUGUUGGAAUGUUACCUGCUCACGCAGUAGCCACUGUACUGAGAUACUGGUAUCAUGGCUCUCCUCCUGGAGACAUCGUUUCUGUGGGAAUACUUACUAAAGGUCAAUUUUGCAUUCCUGAAGGAAUUGUCUUCUCUAUGCCAGUGAGGUUCCAGAAUGGUAACUGGGAAGUCAUGACAGAAUUAGAAAUUAAUGAAACGACCCAAGAAGUUCUGGGACGCUUAGCCCAUGAGCUGAUUCAGGAAAAGCUCAUUGCCCUAAAGGAAAUAAAAGAAAUGCAUCCGUAUAGAGCUGAUAAAAUCACUAGUAAAAAAUAUUUGCAUCAAGAGAUGGAAACCUUGCCUACUGGCUCACUUUAGCCACAGUUGUCUGGAGGAGAAAAUGCUGGAAAUUCCCAUGCUAAAACAGUGUUUCCAUUGAUCAAAAGAGCAAAUUACAAAGAAAGGCUAAACAUUGUCAUAGCUUUUACAGUAUCUUCCUCAUCAAAAACCUGGAAAUCUGUAGGCAGAAAAAUAUUUCAAAAAUAGUGUGAACAUAACGUUUUUAAUCCGGAGACCAAAGUAAAAUUCCUACUGACUUUAAUGAGUCUAGGAUUUCAUUUACAUCCAACAACUUAUUUCUUCAGACCAAUAAACUGUUUCAAAAACAUU